CUCCACGGAAAAGGACCAAUCUGGAGAACAUCAAAAAGUGGUAAACCUACUCUCUGACCCGGAAGUAGUUAUUUUUAUUUCUACCUCUGUCUUUGUUGAUCAAGUUUCUUCUACUUUCGAUUUUGUUAUAUAAUGCAGUGACAUUACAUAAAUUGCUCAGGAUGAUAUUUAAGGCAAUAUCAAAUUCUUACUGCCAGCACACUCGCAGGAACUGUAUAGGACAUUUAAAGGACCAUUUGCAACUCCAUAUACAGGUUCCAGUCAUUAACAGUGUACAGUACUCUUCAUCAGCUGCUUCUGUCUUUGCCCUGCUACUCUUCAGCCAACGUUUGACACGUGUCAGUACUCCUUUAAUCUCUCAGAUCAGAGGCCAUCAGCACAGCGACUCAAAGAGUGAACAUUCUGAUAAAGAGGAUUCUAAAGAACCAGAAGUGAUGCCGAAACCAUCCAUCUCAGAGGCUUUGAAAAAGGCAAAGACCGAAGCAGCUUGGGGUUUGUUUGUGGCUGAUUCUCUUGCUAUGCCAGUGCAUUGGUACUAUAAUCCAGACGAUAUUGUCUCAGAUUAUGGUAGCUGGCUUAAAGGAUAUAUUGCUCCCAACGCAAAGCAUCCAUCUUCAAUUCUUCGUCUGUCAGCUGUUGAUGGCAGUGGCAGGGGGUCAACCAGCAGCAGUAACUCUCUCAUCGGUUCUGUGAUACUUCAUGACAAGCUCAAGUAUUGGAAUGGAAGCGCCAGCAGUAACCACUACCAUCAAGGAAUGAAAGCAGGAGAUAACACCCUCAAUGCUGUUAUGGCAUUACAUGAAAUGCAGACAAUGAACAGGGUAGACCAUGACCUAAUUAAGCCCGAGAGAGAUGUGAGAGGAGCGGUGCUAGCGGAUUAUGUGUCAUUCAUGACUACCCCAGGCUCACAUAAUGACACAUAUGCAGAGUCCUUUCACAGAGCUUUCUUCAAAGACUGGGUACCCGCAGGAGAGCCAAAGACAGAGGAAGAAAUACUGGAGUUUGCUGAAACAAGAUCAAAAGAGAUGAUGAAAGGCAGACCGGAUUCCCAACUUGCCGUGAUUGGCAGCCUGGUGCCGGCUAUACCGUGGGUCAUCCGGAAUGCUCACAAGUCAGAAAAGGAAUGUGCUCAGUCUGUUGUAGACUUUGUGAAGUUGACCCACCCUGUACCAUCUCUCAUACAGUUUGUGGAUACCUACGCCCGUUUGUUGCAUGCUGUGAUCAAUGGGAAAGAUCUCAAGGCUGAGGUUUUACGAGUCCUAAGUCAUUCGAUCUUGGGAGGACCUGCAAACCGUGAUAAAAUUCUCCAGAUACUCGACAGUGCAGAAUCGAUCCCCCGAGGCACAGAAGAACGAUUGGAGCUGUACCAGAUAAUGACGGGAAGACUUGGUUCGGCAUGCUACAUUGAGGGUGCUCUCAGUUCAUUGCUCUUCCUCGCCCUCGAGUUCCACAAUGACUUCGAAGGAGGUGUCCUUGCCAAUGCAAACUGUGGGGGUGAGAACUGCCACAGAGGUGCUGCACUAGGGGCUCUUCUGGCCGCCAGUGCUGUCAAUCAUGGCUCAGAGGUACCAGCAAAACUCAAGGAUGGUCUACAUUCAUUAAAAGGAGGCAUCGAAGUGGCAGUUAAAGAAAUGAAUGAAGGAUUCUGACUGAGCUAUUUAUAGUAUAUUAAUAGUUUAACUUAAAUCAGUGCCUGAAUACUUGGGUCUAGUUUUCAGCUCCCUUUCAACGUGAUUCAAAUUUGAACUGAAAACCUUCUAUGAUGGUUUUAGUUGUUUUUCUGAAUGAAAGAACCUUCUCAGCAUUCUGACUACCAUUUACUCAAUUUUCUAUUAUAGACCGAAUGCUUUGAGAGUUUGGUCAAAGACCCUUUUUUUUAUAUACUACUAGUCAGAAUAUGGGUUUUUCUUUUUAAUCUCGCCCGUAUCCAACUUCCCAACCGACCCCUUUCUGAUAUUACAGAAUUGAGCUUGACGAUAUUACAGAAUGACUACUAAACUUUGUUAUGUCAGCUUUCACCUGUGUGUGAACUGUUUUAUUACUUAAUAUAUUCUCUCAAUGUGAUAUUCUUUGGUAGAUCUGAUUAGGUGUUUGAAUUGGCAGGUGUAUUUUGGUUAUAUUAGAUCCUCUUUAUACAUUUGUAAACAGAAACCGAAAUCUGCAGGACCUCCAGAUUUUCUUCGGUUUAGCCGAGUUUUUGAUAUUUGGAGAAGUUGCUCAAAUGGAAGAGGAAAAAAUUGAAGAUUGUAUUUUUCUUCAUUUAACUGCUGGUUUUAGAUCAACAGUGUUCGAUUUAAGUGAACUCUCAUGUAUGCUUCAAGGACAGGCACUUCAUGCCACCUCAGUCAGGGGUUUGUAGUGACACGGCAAGCUGGAAGUUUUGUCUUCGCUGUGUACUUUGAAGUGUUUUGUUUGUGUUACACACUCUAUUAGGGGCAUCAUAAGUUCCUUACACACAAGAAAGGAGUGAGAAAAUAUUACUUUUUAAAUACGACUAUCCAUGAGUGUGUGGGUUAAGUCAGUCUGUUUUUGUCAUUUUGUUGUUUAUUACUCGCAUUGUCUCAGGAAAUAUAUCAGAAUAAAAGGGUAAAAAUGUCUUUUAUGUAUGUCCGGCAAGUUGAUAUUUAACAGGUGUUGGGUGGUUUGAGGCAGUAACUGCGGUUAGGCUACCGGACUCGUAAUCGUGAGGUUGCUGAUUCGAGCCGCGAGCCUGACGCUUUGUCCUUGGGAAAGGCACUUUACACGAAUUUUCCCUUCUUCACCCAGGUGAAAAUGGGUACCCAGCUAUAGACAGUGAAAGAUCCUGUCAGUUUGUUAGUGUUUGAGCACGUAACCAGCUGCUUGCACUGUAUGCUUCCCGGGAUGCUGAAAAUGUUUCUGAGUGUUCUAUGGUCUGCUGGGGUAAUAAAAUAGUGUAAAGCGCAUAGAGCUUGCUUUUAAGUGGGGACAUGCGCUAUACAAAUGCUAUUUAUUAUUAUAUUAGCGAAGGUUUUUUUAAUUUGUGUCUUGCUCAUACUCAUACCAAUCUAUUUUGUGUGUGUUCACUGUUGUACAUUGUGUAUAUACAUUCAUUACAUAAAAAUACACAAAGCUGUUUUCAAAUUCAUGUUGUAAUUUAAUUCACUCAAGCUACUUGAAUGAUGACUUUAUUGUUUGAGUUUAAUAUUUUGACAAUUUCAGAUUUCAUGUAGUAUGCAGAGAAGUACAACUCAAUUUUUGAUUGCUUUUAUGGCUUAAUAAAAAAAAGUGGAUGAGAAAACGA